AUGGAGAAAAACCCCUCAAACGACAUCAAAAUCGGAGCUCUGGUGGCUAAAAUCCAACUGGAUGCACUCUCACCAAGCUGGGAAAACCUAAUGAGAGGCCAUAUUAAUCUAAAGGAUGCUGUGAAUGGCACCAUAAGCUUCCAUGACAAGGCCAGGAACAGAGUUUACAAGCUCAAUGACCAAACUGCCAAGCUUUUUGUUCGCCCAAGAGGCUGGCACUUACUACAGGCACACAUCCUCAUCGAUGGUGAGCCUGCCACUGGUUGCCUUAUCGACUUUGGCCUCUACUUCUUCCACAACUACACCGCCUUUCGCUGUGGCCAAGGCACCGGGUUCGGUCCAUUCUUCUACCUCCCAAGAAUGGAGCAUUCAAGGGAGGCAAAGAUAUGGAACUGUGUGUUUGGGAGGGCUGAGAAGAUGGCAGGGAUUGAAAAAGGAAGCGUUAGAGCAACUGCUCUGAUUGAGACACUUCCGGUUGCAUUUCAAAUGGAUGAGAUACUCUAUGAGUUGAGGGAUCACUCUGUUGGGUUGAACUGUGGGAGAUGGGAUUACAUUUUCAGCUAG